GGACCUCUCCGAGCCGUUCGAUACCAAACGAGGCUUCAGACAAGGUGACUCGCUAUCGUGCGACUUCUUUAACCUGAUGCUGGAAAAAAUUAUAAGAGCUGCAGAGCUAAACCGAGAAGGUACAAUCUUCUACAAGAGUGUACAGCUCCUGGCGUACGCAGAUGAUAUUGAUAUCAUCGGAAGCAACAACCGCGCCGUUUGUUCUGCUUUUUCCCGCAUGGAUAAGGAGGCGAAGCGAAUGGGUCUGGAGGUGAAUGAGGACAAGACGAAAUAUCUCCUGUCAUCAAACAAACAGUCGGCGCAUUCGCGUCUUGGCUCCCACGUCACUGUUGACAGUCAUAACUUCGAGGUCGUAGAUAAUUUCGUAUACCUGGGAACCAGCAUCAAUAACACGAACAAUGUCAGCCUCGAAAUCCAGCGCAGAAUAACUCUUGCCAACAGGUGCUACUUUGGACUGAGUAGGCAAUUGAACAGUAAAGUCCUCUCUCGACGAACCAAAAUCAAGCUCUACAAGUCGCUUAUCAUUCCCGUCCUGCUUUACGGUGCAGAAGCUUGGACGAUGUCAACAUCAGAUGAGACGACACUAGGAGUUUUCGAGAGGAAAAUUUUGCGCAAGAUUUAUGGUCCUCAGAACAUUGGCAACGGCGAAUACCGCAGACGAUGGAACGAUGAGCUGUACGAGUUAUACGACGACAUUGACAUAGUUCAGCGAAUAAAAAGACAGCGGCUACGCUGGCUAGGUCAUGUUGUCCGAAUGGACGAAAACACUCCAGCCCUGAAAGUGUUCGAUGCAGUACCCGCCGGAGGAAGCCGAGGAAGGGGAAGGCCUCCACUCCGUUGGAGGGACCAGGUGGAGAGCGACCUGGUUACACUUGGGAUCUCCAACUGGCGCCGAACUGCGAAGGAGAGAGACAGGUGGCGCACUAUCGUCGAUUCGGCUAUAACCGGCUAAACGGUUGCAACGCCAAUCACAUACAUACAUAUAAUAAUGGGUAAUAAUAUGCCGUUCAAAGAAAUUUUUCACAAUUUUGUAUUUAUAUUCUUCAAUGUGUAGCAGUUAUUCUUUUAAGCCUUGUUAUAUAAAAAAUGUAAACAUAGUAUAUAUUGGCCAAGUGAAUGCCUCCGUAUACUUCUGUCAGCCUUUGUUUGCAGAAUUUCCGGUAUGCCGCUGCACAUUACAAAUAUCAAAAAUUUAUACAACAUACAUAUGUAUAUGUAUGUACAUAUUUGUGAGUAUAUGCAUUUAAGCAACACGUGUGUGUAAUUGAUUUUAUAUAGCCAUCCGCACCUUUUUUUUAAAUAACAAAAUUUAUUAAUGGAAAGUAUAAAAAUAGCUCGCGCAGAAUGUGUUCCAAGAAUUUUUGUGCAUGAACAUACUUAUAUACAAAAAUGUAUGUAUGUAUGUGCGCUUAUUAAGUAAGUUGUCUACAAACACAGAUUCAAUUUACAUUUUACAUCAUUCGUGAGCAACAGAAUCGCAUAUUCAUGCGAAUAUUUUGUAUAAACAGGUUAAUAAUAUUCAAACACGUGUUAAGUGGCUUGGACAUUGUUGCAGCCAGGCACGAGACCAAGGACUUAGAUGGCAAGGCGGUGGCGCAUAUUAGUGGGAAAGGCAGUGAAAACCUGCAAGUGCUGUUGUAAAGCGUUAGCCAAUACAAACAUACAUACAUAUGAAUAUAUGCAAAUUAGAAACAUAAGCAUAUAGAAAGAUAUGCAUGCGAUUCCCCUCAAGGUGAGCCAUGCGUCAAUACACAUGUACAUACAUACAUACAUACGUCUGCAUUUGGCCUUCGCGCUAACACACACGCUUGUUGCACUCACUUUUCAGCAACAAACACACAAAUAGCACGUGCAUGGCAAAACAACAACAACAAUGAGCAGAAAUUAAGAGGUAAUUCUAACAUCCGAAUUCAAAUUUCAAUUACCAACGAUUGAUGCAUCAGAAACGUCGUCGAACGCCAGCUGGCGCUGCUAAGCGGUAAACAAUAGCUGAUUUUUGUUUUUGUAUACAGCUAUCGUUUCCUCCAUUCAAAUGCGAACAACAAAUAAGUACUUAUUUACUUGGGCAAGUUAAGUCGCAAGUAGUUAAUUAAAUUAGAAUAGAACACAUUCUUAAUUGCUCGUACUGACAUACUAACUUGUUUACCUACGAUAUCGGCGUUUGGGCAACGGUCGCGAGUGGAAUUUAAUGACGUUUGACGCAACUUAUUUCUUCAUUGUUUGGCAAUAACAAAAGCCAGAGCAGUCGCAUCUGCCAAAACUAUUUGAGAAUAACAGGAGAUGACUGCAACGACCCGCCGAAUGGGCGUCGAGCCAAACCAAUGCAAAGAAAUGCAGUGAAAGAAACUUAGAAAUUAGAAUAAAUUGUAAUCGUUCUAUAUUUGAGGCAAAAUGGCAUGACAUGUAUAUAAAUAUAUAUGUAUGUAUACUUCAGAAUGUAGUGGCGAUCAUGAAUUGUGCCAUGCAGCGCUUUGUGGCACGACAAAUAAAAUCCGCAAAUUGCAAAUCUUUUGCCAGAGAAUACAAACACAAUGUUGCAUGAUUUAAUAAUUACACAUAUCCACCAAAAAUAAAAGCGAAUCAAAAGAGAACAAGUAUUGCAUUGAUGUCGACAAUUGAACUAGAAGAGACGAGUUUAUGAUUCCCCACAGGAAACCCGAAACUUCCAUCUGUGCAACAAGCGAAUCCAAUGACAUGACCUACACUCAGUUCGGUCGAUAAAAGCGAACGCCAACACAAAAGACAAGUGCACUCAGCUGCGAAGGUGGGGGAGCUAUAAAAGCGCAUAGACGAAAAAGCAGGACAAAACUGCGAAAAUUGCCAGAAUUAGGAAACUGUUACACACCCCUUUGCCGCGGAUUUGCUCCACUUGCCAUGUCACUGGGGUGGGUGUACGUGCAGAGAAGCACGUCAACGGCAGUGAGGUCGCCGCCCUCAAGAACUUUGACGCAGCAGUGGUAAGCAACACCCCCGAGGUGUAUUCCACUGGAAAUGGGGCUUGUUUUCCAGUGUACGACUGCUUGAGUAGCGAAGUUCGUAGUAAUAUUGCACGCGCUUAUUCGGCAACGCCGCACAAACGUGCGUACAAACUUCCUGGAAACCAGCACGCGGUGCGUAACGGUGCAAUGGCGAGGGAGACACUGUGCGGUUUCCAAUAAAUGACGAAAUGUUUCAUGUACGUAUACGAGUAUAUAUUUCUUUCAAGGACACUUCUUAGGGAGCGCGGGAGACAUUUUACCAGAAAUGAUUUUGGCGAAUCCCUCGGACAGCCGAAAUAUGUAGAGCAUUAAUAACGCUGGUUCGGCUUUCAGCUGUUCGCUUUCCGACACGCGUCUCCCCGUGCUUGUGAAUAUGCUAACAUACACCCAAAACUUCAAAAGAGCGCAAGAAAGCAGUAGUAAUGAGAGAAAGAAAGCUGAAGACAUAAAAUUCGGUGUGGCGCUGGCGUUGGGUGCGGCGGUGAUGAACAGAGUGGCGCACGCGACCAAUAAAAAAACAACUUUCACUUCAAAUACAGAAUCAAAACAGAAAACCAUAAAAGUUAUUCACCUCGACCAGCCAUGGCAUACAGGCGAAUCAAGCAUUUGUCUUUUUUCUUUUUUAAUUUUUGAAUCAUUUUGAAUCAGCGCCUACAUGAAAAGCGAUUGCAGGGUUUUUAAAUUGGUUUAACUAUUUUUAAUUAUAAAAAAUUAUGGCGUUUAUAACUGCACCCAAUCUUUUCCCUCACCGUUACACGAGCACAACACAGUUCCAAGUUUCUUUUGGGUAACAACUUAAAGUGCCGAAAAUGAAUGUAAAUGAAGCCACAAACACGCGACGUUUAAUAAUAUAUUAGACCAAAGCUAAGUAUUUGGUGCAACGUUUAAAAUACUCGUACAAAAAGUGCCCCCUAGUCGGUCAAGGCAAACGCCUCCCGAAACAACCGAAAAUAGCAGGUGCGUUGGUUGGUUCGUGUACCGCAGCUCUACGAAAAGAAUCACUAAACUUAAAAGGACACUCAAUUUAAAAUUUAGUUCUACUUUUUCCCUUAAGAAGCGCGGUUGUUUCAAAGCAAGCUUGAAGAAACCAAACACUUCAACAUUAUGACCGAGGAACUUGUGUUGAAUAAACCUUCAAAGCAUACGCCAAAAACACUAUGUUUCCACGGUGCGUGGGCUUGGAUCAUACAGAUAUUUCUUAUCGUAUUCCUCAUUGUUGGCAUAUUGUAUAUUUUGCGCAAAAUCAAACAAGGUCCAUACUAUCGCAAGCUCAAUCGCAUCGAUGACAAGGUCGUUAUUAUCACUGGCUGCAACGGUGGUAUUGGCAAAGAGAUCGCUCUGGAGCUGGCGCGGCGUGGUGCCCGCAUUUAUAUGGCCUGUCGCGAUGCGGCCCGUUGCGAGGCCACGCGUUUGGAGAUUAUCGACCGCACCGGCAACCAGCAAAUCUACAAUCGCACACUGGAUCUGGCUUCAUUGGAGUCGGUGCGUCAUUUUGCAGCCCGCUUCAUUGCCGAAGAACAACGCCUGGACAUUUUAGUGAAUAACGCAGGAGUUAUGGCUAUACCACGCGCACUUACCGCCGAUGGUUUUGAGUAUCAAUUCGGCGUCAACCACAUAGGACACUUCCUGCUCACCAACCUGCUGCUUGAACGCCUGAAGGCUGCUGCGCCCAGUCGCGUGGUUGUGAUGAGCUCCUUCAUGCAUCUCUUCGGGCGCAUUAACAAGGAUGAUCUGAACAGUGAACAGCGUUAUUCUAAGAUCUUCGGCGCUUAUAGCAACAGUAAGUUAGCAAAUAUAUUGUUCACGCGGAAGUUGGCGAAAUUAUUGGACGGUACCAGCGUAACAGCAAAUUGCUGCAAUCCCGGCAUGGUGGAUACCAAAUUGAUGUUUCACAACCGACAGCCGGCUUGGCUGUGGUACAUCGUCCAUAAACUUUUCGGUCUGGUCGCUCGCACUCCUCGAGCAGGUGCACAGACGGCGCUCCGCUUAGCGCUUGAUGCGAGCUUGGAACGUUCCACAGGCGGCUACUACUCAUACUACAUACGGUGGCCUUUACCACCGUGGGCCACCGACAAAAAAAUGGCUGACUGGUUAUGGCGUGAGAGCGAGAGGUUGGUCGGGCUAAGCCGAACCGAACGCAUCGAAACAAUCGCAGUGUGAGACAUGGCAGUUGCAACGUAUUUAAAGAUUGUAUUUGCGGCCGACUGUCGCAGCGACAAGCAACGCAACUUUGUUCAGUUAAUGUUGUAUUAAAUUACAAGUAAAUUAUAGUAAUAUAGAUAUGGAAAUAAUAAAAGAUCCAUUAGUAAUCAGCAGAUCGAAAUAUAUAUAAUAU